AUGGGAAACAAAGUUGUUACAUUUACAGAACAACAACUUGAAGAUUACCAGGACUGUACAUUUUUCACAAGGAAAGAAAUUUUACGAGUUUUCAAACGGUUCAGAGAUGUCAACCCGGAGCUUGUGCCAAAACGGAUGACUGAAAAACAAGCGCACACUAUAGCUGUGCCCGUCGAGGAAAUUGAAAAACUACCUGAACUUAAAGAAAACCCUUUCAAGCGCCGUAUCUGCCAAGUGUUUUCUCAUGAUGGAUCAGGUAACUUGACCUUCGAAGACUUCCUGGACAUGAUGUCGGUAUUCAGUGAAGCUGCGCCCAGAGAUAUUAAGGCUUGGUACGCGUUCAGGAUCUACGAUUUGGAUGAUGAUAUGUACAUUGGUAGAGAGGAUUUGUUGGAGGCGACCCGAAUGCUGACCAAGGGGGAGCUUCACGAACAGGAACGUGAUGAAAUCGUGGACAGCGUGCUUGAUGAAGCUGACGUGGAUGGAGACGGGAGACUAUCAUUCAUGGACUUCGAACACGUGGUCGUGCGAGCACCAGACUUCUUGUCAACAUUCCAUAUUAGAGUUUAA